AGGUGUAGCACACUUUGGAUGUCAGUUUGGAGUUGCACUGCAAUCUUCCACCUCUGGAAGAAGCACAAUGCCGCGAUUCACAGUGCAUGUCAGGGAUGAGUGGCUGACUGUCCCCUGCAGGGACCUGUCCUGCACAGUGCAGUGGCUGGGUCUCGAGGCGCUGAAACGAUACAUAAAGAACAAGCCGGAUAAUGGGGGCAUCGGCUCCGUGCAAGAGACGAGUUUCUAUGUAAGAAGAUGCCAAGGGCAAGGACUGCUGGACGCAGAUGACACUUUGGAAGAUACGCUGGAAGACAAUGAUUUUGUAGAAAUUGUAAUUAAAGGGGAAACCAUGUCUCCAGAUUUAAUUUCACCACACCUUGAUGGUUCUCACUUUUAUAGUAAAUAUCAAGAACCCGUGGAGUAUAUUUCUAUGGACGGGAAAGGCCUCACAACAACUGACCUGGUGAAUUUAGGAAAGGGACUUUACAAGAUUAAGCUUACUGCAGAUGCAGAAAGUAAAGUCAAACAGGCAAGGGAACAUGUUGACAACAUUGUUAAGGACCAUAAAGUUGUGUAUGGAAUCACAACAGGAUUUGGAAAAUUUUCCCAAACUAUCAUCCCAAAUAAUAAACUCAUCGAACUACAGGAAAAUGUGAUUCGUUCCUGUUCAGCAGGUGUUGGCAAGCCACUGAGCCCUGAGCGCUCCCGAAUGCUCCUGGCUUUGAGGAUCAAUGUUUUGGCCAAAGGCUACAGCGGCAUUUCCUUGGACACUCUCCAUCAGAUGAUUGAAGCCUUCAAUGCUUCCUGCCUCUCCUAUGUGCCGGAGAAGGGGACGGUUGGAGCCAGCGGAGACCUCGCCCCUCUGUCUCACCUGGCUCUGGGACUGAUGGGAGAAGGCAAGAUGUGGUCACCCAAGAGUGGCUGGGCAGAUGCCAAAUAUGUUUUGGAGGCCCAUGGAUUGAAACCUAUAUCACUGAAGCCUAAAGAGGGGCUGGCGCUCAUCAAUGGAACCCAGAUGAUCACGUCUCUGGGUUCGGAGGCGGUCGAGAGAGCCCUGGCUAUCGCCAGACAGGCUGACAUCAUCGCAGCUCUGACACUGGAGGUCCUGAAGGGAACCACAAAGGCCUUUGACAGUGACAUCCAUGAGCUGCGCCCCCACCCUGGGCAGAAAGAGGUGUCUUUCAGGUUCCGAUCUCUUCUGGAUUCAGAUCACCACCCCUCUGAAAUUGCAGAAAGCCACAGGUUCUGCGACAGAGUUCAGGAUGCAUAUACUUUACGCUGCUGCCCUCAGGUCCAUGGAGUGGUGAACGACACAAUUGCUUUUGUAAAGAAUAUCAUCGACACAGAGAUUAACAGCGCCACAGACAACCCUAUGGUAUUCGCAGAAAGAGGCGUGACUCUUUCAGGAGGAAAUUUCCAUGGUGAAUAUCCAGCUAAAGCUCUAGACUACCUUGCGAUUGGUGUGCAUGAACUCGCUGCAAUAAGCGAGAGAAGAAUUGAACGUCUGUGUAACCCUUCUCUCAGCGAGCUCCCAGCAUUUCUGGUCUGUGAAGGGGGUCUGAACUCAGGUUUUAUGAUUGCUCACUGCACAGCUGCCUCUUUGGUUUCAGAGAAUAAAGUGCUGUGCCACCCCUCCUCUGUGGACUCCCUGUCCACCAGCGCUGCCACUGAGGACCAUGUGUCUAUGGGGGGCUGGGCUGCCAGGAAAGCACUCAAAGUUGUUGAACACGUAGAACAAGUUCUUUCCAUAGAGCUACUUGCAGCCUGCCAAGGGAUUGAGUUUUUACGCCCCCUGAGAACUACCACGCCAUUGGAGAAGGUCUAUGACCUUGUGCGCUCUGUUGCAAAGCCAUGGAUUAAGGACCGCUUCAUGGCUCCAGAUAUUGAAGCUGUUCACAAGCUGCUUUUGGACCAAAAGGUGUGGAAAGCAGUGCAUCCUUACAUUGAAAAGUUUCGACUGGAUCUCACUCCCGAGUCUGACUGUGCCCGUUUCCCCUGAUUCACCUGGAAAAGCUGCCCACUAUCGACACGCCACACAUGUAAACUAGGAGAUAAUAUAUUUAGAUUGAAUCUGUGAAAACAUAAGGGGAUUUGCUUUUAAUUUCAAAAUACUGUAUACAUUUUGUCUGUUCGUUACUUUUACAGUUUGAUUGACUCUUGUAUCAUUUGUUUGUUUUCUGUUAAAAUGACAGGGCUUAGGGCUGCUUGAAAUUCAGUAGUCAUGGACUCAUGAGAUGGCUUGAACAUGUAAUCUCACUAUAACCUUUAAUCUCACAUUGAUGAAGUGAAAAGCCCUUGUGAGAUACUUAAUAAGGCUAGCUGACAGGUCUUUAGCAGUCAGGUUUGUGACUAUAAACCUUGCUGAGUCAAAUUAAAACAAAAAAUUAAAUAAUGUGAUGACGAACAAAAACUGAUAGCACGAAUAACACAUGGGUAGAGAAUAAUCCAUUUUUUAAAUAAAAAAACAUUCUAUCAUUCUACAACACUUUUAAAUAUAGAAAAGAUUAGCACUAGAAUUAUUGAUUGUUUGUAAUGUAUUGGUUAGCGAUCCUUUCAAUCAACAACUUACUGGGCUUGUAAUGGGAAAAUAAUUUUCAUAAACCUGAUUAGCAAAAACUGUAAUGGGAAAGGAAUUUUCAUAAACAUGAUCAGCUAAAAAGUACCUGUGAGUAGGGCAUCACUAUGCUAAUGCAGCAGUUUUUCUGACAAAGCCUAGAAUUACAUUUUAUUUAUGGUGCCACUAUUAUGUUUGAAAAGGUUUGUUUUACCAACACAAUGGGAUAGUGUAAACUAAAAACAACAUAAGAGCACCAGAGGACACACUGCCAAAACACCACAAUGCUCAUACACUAACAGAACCAUAUUUUAAACAACCAGGCCAGCUGGUAACUCUUAGUUUUACAUACUAUUUGUUUUUCCUGUGUAAUACAUAAAAUAAACCUUAGGUCUGCAUUACAAAAAAUCAGUACCAUUGAA